AUGGACCAAUGGAGUAAACGUGGCAUUCCUCCAAUUAAGCCUCCACUUUAUAAGCAACAACCGGGUAGGCCUAACAGAGUUAGGGCGAAGGAGCCUGGUGAGGUUGAAAUACCAGUUCCCAUCCUACCAAAUCCUAUGCCUCCAAAAUAUAUUGCCCUACCAGCCAAGCUUAGAAGGGUUAAUGCAUCUUCAAUCCAAAUGGAGCAAGGUUCUUCUUCUAACACAAUAAGAGGGAGAGGCAUAAGCAGAGGGAGAGGCAUAAGUAGAGGAAGAGGAAAUGUUGCUCAAGCUACUGCUGACCCCAAUUCUCUACAAAGUGUAACAAGAGGUAAUGGACAAGGAGUCUUACCAUCUUCACAUAUUGGCUUAGGAAGAGGUUUAUCAUCUUCAAAGCUAAGUGCAAUUAGAGGAAGAGGCUUAGGAAGAGGCAUAAGUGGAGGAAGAGGCUUAGGAAGAGGAAGAGGCUUACCAUCUUCACGAUCAACUGUGGCAAGAGGAAGGGGACAAGAAGGACCAGCUUUGGACAACAUUUCCCAUGAUAAUAACAUGGCCUCAAUAUAG